GGGUAUUACGAGAUUUUAACCUUCGGAAAAUUUGAACUUGAUUUUUCUCAAAUUGACUUGGCUGACUCUACAGACUUCAAACAUGUGUAGCUCAAUAAUUUUUUUGUGACACUCCAACAAAUCAUACAUUUUGAAGGUUUUUUUUUUUUAAUAACUCAUUUUUGAAAAAUUGCACAUUGACUCAUUUUGCCAGGACGGGUCACAAAUAUAUAUUUUAUAUAAAAUAAUGUUCAUAAAUCAUUUCUAUAAACCUCUAUAACUUUAUAACUAUAAUCAACAAUAAUCUGCCAAGGGUCUUCUUUAAAAUGAGAUGAAACUUAAGUCUGUGCUCCCAAGCUUCAAUUUUUUGAGUUUUUUGGCAUGGACAUUUUUGGCCACUAUGAACCUAUGUGUAACUUUUUUUAAUUGAUGCACAAGGAUUAAUUAUAUUUUUGUAAUUAUAAGGAUUGCUAUAUAGAAUAAUAGGUGGAAUUGCAUGUUUGCAUCAAAAUCAGGAAAGUACUCAAAUUGUUCUCAGCAUCUGUCCAAAAAGAUUAGACAUUUAAACAAAUGAAACUGCACAGAAAUUUGUUUUAAUAUUCUGAAUUAAUAUAUUGUUUUGAUGUCACUGGUUAUUAUACAAUUACAUUAGCUCUUUAUCUCACUUUGUAACUAAUUACUUUGGUUACCAUGGGACAUCUGAGAGCCAAACAAACAGUGCUGCAUUGCAUUAUUCAUUAGUUCAUUCAUUGUGUGACAGGCAGAGCUCUUGCAUGGAGCUACUACACCACCAGGUAUGUUUAUUUUAAUAUAUCCAUAAGCAAAGAACAACUUCACCUGCUUAUAUCAAACAUUAUGAUUUUGUUCUGUAAAUGUCAGUAUCUGACAUUGUUUGACCUGACAUCCCAAUCUCAGAGUAGCACAUGGUAAUGCAUCCACAUAGAUUGACAGGUAUUCAAUAAAAGUGCUUAUUUCUUGAGCUAGAGGAAUGACAUCUAUACUGGAGGAUGGCUUGAUAAAAACAAGCUCAAUAGAGCAGGUGGUGGCCCCUCUGUCCACUCACCUGUGUCACCUCAUCCUGCUGUGCGGGAGCGAGACCGAACUGGACGAAUUCAUCCGGCUGGAAGCUGCAGCUAAAGCGGUGGCCAAAGCAUCCAAAAACAUGGCAGCUGUAGCAACAAGGCUAGUGGCAGAUACUGAAGAUGAGAUCCUGAAAAUGGAGAUGGAUCCACUUGUGGAAUCCCUGACUGUUUCAGGCCAACACGUUCUCCUGGCCACCCAAAAGCUCAGCAUACAACCAGAGGUCAUAGAUCACAGAGAAGAACUUAUCGAAGCCACUCAAAACGUGCUGUUAGGUGUAGUCAAGAUCCUUCUAGUUGAAGAUGAUGCAACUAUAAGGAAGAUCACAGCAGCCGCUGACUGGCUUUUGCAGUGUCUUUCUCAAGUAGGAGCAGCAGCGAAAAUCUCGUCCUUAUUGAAAGCAUUUAAAGUAUACUCAAAGGCAAUGCUGCUCCUUCACAACUUAGUGGUGGAAAGAAUUCAGGAACUGCGUGACGGAAAACAGCAAGAGCAUUUGAGGGCUUCUCUAGAAACCCUGAAAAAAUGUGUUUCCAUGCUGCACACUGCCAUGUACACGACCAUCAAACAUCCACACAGCGAGGAGGCCCAGGGUGCAAAGCAGUACAUCCUAAACCAGGUGGAUUCAACUGUAAAUGACAUCAUAACCACACUCAAGAGCAACUGUGAACCAUCUGCCACUGGUUCAUGUGGAUACUACACUGAAAUACAGAACAAGAUACUAAGACUGCUGUCUGACCCUGCUUCUGUUAAAGAUGGUGGUUUUGAUGUUAUGCUUCGUGACCUGGUGUUCUACAGCAUGGCGGUAGCAAACACCUCUCGGAGGGAUAUUCAGUUUGAGGUUGCAGCACACUCCAAGCAAGUUCUUCAGCACUGGUCAGAGAUGUCACAACAAAUGAAAUGCUGUGAUGAUCAACAGCUUGCAAAAUCAUGUGCUUCCCUAUUGGAGCAAAUCCACAAACUUGAAGAUGCUGUGGUAAAAGCCACCCAGUUGCAAGUAAUGAACAUAUUUGUCACAAGUUCAACUCCCUUGGAACAACUGGUGCACAGCGUAAGCUAUAGUUUCCAGGAUGAGCAAGAUGAUGAGUUGGAUAUGGAAACACUUCGGGUGCAAUCAGAAUCCUUCAGGGCUCAUGCUGACAAAAUAUCAGAGGUGGCUGGCUUCGUCUCAGCUUUAGCGUUUAAUGAAAAAAGUCUUGAGGGUGUAGAGAACUCAAGGGGAUGCGUUAUGAGAUUGAAACAAGCAAUUGUAGCACUUGUUCAAAAUGUUGAGGAAGACAAGGUGUGUUCAAGUGAAGCUCUGGAAAAACUAAAAGAGAUGCAUCAGAGAUGGUCAGAGGAGAUGGAGCAGCUCUUGCAUGCUUGUAGUAGCAUUAUAAAUGUGAAGGACUUUGUCUGUCUUGCUUUGCACGAGAUGGAGAGCAUCUUCAAGGGGUGCAUUGAGGCACAUAAAGAUGAGGAUGCACAGUUUCUCACAAAACAGGCAAGCUUACUCAUUGGCCAUAUGAGCUUGGUAAUCCAGCUCGUGAGAAGGCAUGUCAGUAAGAGUGACAAUCCAAUCUACCGUAAUGGACUCCUGGUUCUGAUAAAGCAAGCGGAAGGAUCUGCUGCUGAGGUAACAAGCUGUGUCACUGAUAUAUAUUCUCAUACCAGUCUUAGCAAUGAGGCUUUCUCAUUGUUUUCUACUAGUGUCUCAACAGCUUUGAAACACUUUGAAAUUCUACGUGAAGGACUUGAUGGUUUGCAGCAUCCACAUCUUCUCAGCCCACUGCGGGAGGGGGCCCGCCAGUCUGCUGGUACUGUACCAUGUGCUACGCCCAUUUCAGAACAUGAAAGAUCAACUGCAGAUUCUGAUAAAACAGAGUCUUCAGUGCGAAGUUCCACUAGUGAAGAAAUUCCAUGUCAGCUUGAAGAUGGUUUGGAGAAUCAGGCUGUUCAAACAAUAAUAGAUCAUGAUGUGCCAAUCACAGAAGAAGCAUGGAUUGCACCUGUUGUGGAAUCUAAAGCGGUUGUACAGCUCCAUAAUUUGGAGUUGUUGCCUCUUUUGUGUGAAGUUGUCUGCAUGACCAAAGGUAAAGAUGUAGAAGCACUCAACAUGGCUUGCACUGGAGUUCUAGGACUCUCAAACAGCUAUGCCCAAGCUACAAGAGAAGCCACCAGUGUCAUAGACACAGCUGAUAAUGAGGAAAUAGAAAGUCUGCGGUCCAAACUCGUGUCCUUGACACCCUUGCUAGUUCAGACAGCGCAGGAAACAGCCAUGAGUUCAGCCAGGGGUACAGAUAGCAUUUAUAAGCACAGUACACAAUUUUCUGACCUCAUAAAAAAUGCCCGUAAGAUUCUGCUGCCAGUGGCUGGGAUGUGGUACCAUGCUGUAUACUCCAUGUUCCAAAACUAUGUACCAAAUAUGCUGGAGUCCAUCACACAGGAACUCACCGAGGUCAUGUGUUUAUGUGCAGAUGCUGUGCAACUUGUGAUAUCAGCAGAUAUAAAGUUGAUCGGUGGGUGUCAUGAGAGUAUAGGGUCUUUGCAGAGCAAGCUCCAAAAAGCUCAAACCAACACCAAGAAUCUCACGGACAUAGUGGGUUCAAGACCAACUCGAACUGAUGAGCUUGAUGGUCUCUGCAUGCUUUGGGCCUUGUCUGUCCAAGUCCUGUUGAACUCGUUGGAUAAGAUGUUGGGAACAGCUACAACUGAUGGUAAGGGGCACCUAAUUACACAUCAAAUGACACCCAAGAAAUGGUUGGCAGUAAUGUCCGAGAACUCGCUUCGUAUACAAGAAGCCGCAAGAUUGUCUUCUCUGAACUGUCGAGACAGCUAUAAAGUGAAACUUCUAGGAGAGCUACAAGAGGACGUGAAGACUCUUACGGACUCCUACCUACAGGCUGCUGAAGGAGUUAGUAUGGUGUCCCUCUCAAGUGUCCUUAUUCUGGCAAAGUCAGAGCUGCUUCAAAGACAGCUUCAGAUUAAAAUGAAAGCACUGUCUUGUCUUUUGAGCAAAAUUAACCAAGAUUAUCAGACAGCCAUUCAAAAUACAAUUGCUUUGGCAUGCUCUUUCCAAGCAAAAGAUAGUGACAUGGAAACUGAAGAUAAACUGGCGCAAUUCGAAAGUGCAGCAGAAUUGCUUAUGCAGAAUGUUAAAAGCGCCACAGAGUCCAUCCAGGACUGUUUCAACUUCAUUAGAGACCCAAAGGAAAGGUCCAAUCUGAGAUUCAUCAAUGACCACUUGACAUUUCAGAUGUCAGACAUUGUGAGUAGAGCCAGAUUAAUAGCAGAGACGCAAUCUCUCGGAGACACUCUCACUCUUGAUAUUCAGUCACAGUGCUGGCCAGCAAAGGCACAUUACCUUGUUGAAGAACUUAGUAAAGUAGAUGGAAUUCUUGUGGUCACAAAGGAACAGAUUAAGUGUGCCUUGCAGGGCAAAGAGUCUAGUGGAUUUGUUAAGUCCCAGACACCAAUAAGUUUCACACAAAAGGCAACACUACAACCUAUAUCCACAAGUACUCAAGGUCCUAUUAAAAGCAAACCGAGUACCAGUGUCCUAGAUGUGUCCAAUCAGGAACCAAAUAAGGAGGAGACAUCCCAGAGGAGCCCAAGAGGUCCUGUGUUCACCUUAGUAGAUACAACUCUCUCUUACACGUCUCUCUUUCUGAAACGGGAGACUGAGAAGUGGGAUGACAAGGGUAACCAGAUUGUCAAGGUGACGAAAGAAAUGGCAGAUAAACUCUAUCAUAUGGCCCAGUACCUAAAGAAGAAAGGGCCAAUCCAGACUAAAGAUGCUUUUGUAACAUCUGCAAAAGAUCUCAUCUCAAGUGGCCAGUCGAUCACCCAGUUUGUGCGUGUCAUAGCGGACCACUGUUUGGACAAGCAUUGUACAGAUGAGCUCUGUGUUAUUGCAGAGCAGAUUCUUACAAUUUCCAACCAACUUACCAUCAUUUCUAGGGGUGCAUGGUGUCUCCCCAGUGUUAAUGCAGUUACUCCUGGGUGCAAAUCAUCAGACGAGAUCCUGGUGAAGAACGCACAGAAUCUACUCCAGACAGUUAUCCAAGGAGUACGAGCUGCAGAGACUGCUUGCAUCAGGGGUUUGAAACAACCUGAGCCAAACUCUGAAGCAGCGAGAGCAGCAGCGUUUUGUUUCCAGUGGAAAAAGAGUCUCCUUAUCCACCGAGCUCAAGAACAGCUCAACCCUGAAACUGAUGAUUUGGGCCUACGUAGGACCUCCCAGCAUUCAGCAGCUCCUAGCCUCGCUCCACCCAUCAACGUGUUAGAUAAUUACAAAUGAGUAAACACAAAAUAAAGGGUCUUAAUUUUUGCCUGA